AUGCGGCUUAUGAUAAGUCUCCCAGAGAACUACGCUCCGCUUUUGGUCGAGAACAUCAAGAAGGGUGGUUUCACACAUAUAAUUGCUCCCCAUUCCGCUUUUGGCAAGAAUAUUCUACCUCGUGUAGCGGCUUUGUUGGAUGUUCAGCAAAUUUCGGACAUAACUGCUAUUGAGAGCGAAGACACAUUUGUACGACCAAUCUACGCAGGCAAUGCAAUCCUCACUGUCCAGUCAACAGACCCCAUCAAGAUUAUCACCGUUCGAGGCACCGCUUUUCAAGCUGGCGAAGCCACCGGCGGAUCUGCUGAAAUUGUUGAGGGUGUCGAUCCAAACGUUUCAUCAGCAACAGAAUGGGUUUCUGAGGAUCUCACUACCUCCGAUCGUCCGGACUUGGGUACCGCUAAGCGGGUUGUCUCCGGCGGCCGUGGUCUGAAAUCCAAGGAGGAGUUCGACAGAAUUAUGACUCCUCUUGCAGACUCUCUUGGUGCGGCCAUUGGUGCGUCUCGUGCUGCCGUGGACAGUGGGUUCGCCGACAACAGUCUCCAAGUCGGCCAGACUGGAAAGAACGUGGCUCCCGAACUAUAUCUUUGCGCAGGUAUUUCGGGCGCAAUUCAGCAUUUGGCUGGUAUGAAGGAUAGCAAGGUCAUCGCUGCUAUCAACAAGGACCCUGAUGCUCCCAUUUUCCAGGUCGCUGAUGUUGGCCUGGUUGGGGAUUUGUUCGAGAAAGUCCCAGAGUUGACUGAAAAAUUGAAGAAAUAG